GCGGCGACGAGUGACAAGGUGUCAGGAGGGGGGAGGGAGCUUGUCGCCUUCAGUCUCACGCCGUCCGUCGAGUGUGCUGCACGUGUGCUUAGCCAGCUCGUGCCCCGCGAAGUGACUUGUGAUUAUGUGCUGACAAAGCCUUGUAUCAGUGAAGUGUUCAGUGUUGUUUAAGCUGGAAAAGGAUUUUGGAUUGUGGAGCAAUAUGCUCACGUCAAGCAACCAGUAUUUGCGGCCGGAUUACCUGUCGCCGCUUCCCACCACGCUCGACGCGAAAAAGAGCCCGCUGGCCCUUCUAGCGCAGACAUGCAGCGCGAUCGGUGCUGACUCGCCGAACCCCAAACUCAUCUCCGCCGCAGAGAAAGCCAGCAAGAAAUACGACGAUAAACCCGCUCAUGUAGACAACAAGCCAAGUUUCAAGCCUUACGAAUCGUGCCUCACGAGAGAAAAGACUAGGACGCCCGAAGAUAGAGCCUCUGUCAAUGCAAAAACUCCCUCUUCGAAGGGUAGUGCAUCUACUACCCCAGUGCAAGCUCGGUGUGGCAGCAAUCAGUCAUCUUCAUCGCAGCGAUCACCGCCCCCAGCGCACCGUAAGACGCCUUCGGAAAAAUCCGAUGAGAGGUCUAGUCCGCUGCACGACUCACCGACCCCGGCGAAAUCUAACUCUGAUUCAACCAGCAGUUCUUCUGCCUCUAAGUUACCGUUUACACCGACCAGUUUAUCGUCCAGUUCAGAUACCAAAGAACCCUCCAGUUUCAAACCCAGUGUACCUGUCAGCUCAUCUAGCUUCUUAGGAGGUAUACCUCCAACUGGAUUUCCGCUACAUAUGGACCUUAUGACAAGUAGUUUGAUGGCAGCCCAGCAUCACGCGUUGAAAAAUGGACUAAAUCCAUACCUAGCUUACGCAAGAAUGAAAGCACCGGGAAGUGAUUUGGGAAUUUGCCGGGACCCAUACUGCACGGGUUGUUCCCUUAGUUCACAUUUGCUCAAAUCUGCGGUUUGUCCCGCUGGGUGCGCACAGUGCGACCACGCUAAGACGCCGUUCUCACUACCGACCGGUCACCCGGCUGCUGCUGCAUAUGCUCAUGCGCAGCUAGCUGCUUUAGCCGCGGCUUCACAGCUGCCUUUUGUCUGCAGUUGGAUGGCUGGAGAUUCUGCUUACUGUGGCAAAAGGUUUGGAACUUCUGAGGAGUUACUACAGCAUCUGAGGUCGCACACUGCAACUGGGGAGUCUAGCCCAAGUUUGUCAAUGCUGAGUGCGACACAUCCUCUGCUGCAGCGGACGUACCCCACGCCGCCGCUGUCGCCGCUUACGCCGCGGUUCCACCCGUACAGCAAGCCGUCGCACCUGGUGUCGUCACCGCCGCUGCCGUUCCCGCUCCCGCCACACCCGUCUCUGGCGGCAUACUUCCCCUCGUACCCAUUAUUCGGACCACGGCCUCUGCAUCCUUGAGGACCGUCGGCGCUCCAUGUGAACAAGAAAGGGGGCGCCGAUCGCUAACGCCCAUGCCAAAUGGACAUUUGGAACUGAAGACUGUGUAAAUAUAUGUUAGUGCUCUUCGGGUUUCUAGUCGGCUCAUAUCAUCGACGGACAUGAGGGCGCCCGCGAGGGCUGCGAAGCUGUGAUCUCUAACUUGUAAUGUAUGUUAUAGUGCACCGAAGGGAGACGCCUCCCCGCUUGGACUAUCGUCCGCGAUAGAUUUACUUUUCUAGUUAGAUUAACGAAAUUUUUAUGUACCAAAUCUGUAGAUGUAAUUUAAUUUGAUUGUAAUUUAAGUUGUUGCAAAUAAUAAGUGAGGAUUGUUAAUUGUGUUUGUAUUUUUAAAUAAUUUGAGUAUUCUUUCGUGACAUUGAUGGAUCACAUAUCUGUAUUUUAAAUUAAGAUGAGAUGACUGAAUGUGUGUGUAGUCACAUAAGUGAGCUGCAGGCAUGUUACCGGUUAUGAUUGCAACUUUUUCAUGUUUCAAAUGAUAAUAUCUCUAGCAGAAUCUCAGACACUAUAAUGUUUGUUUAA